AUGUCUCCAGACUUUUGCUCUGAUCAAAGCUACGACAGUCAAAUAUCCGAUCACUAUCCACCUCCUCGUAUAACCAAGGACGAUAUAUGCGCGAAAUUGGUGGCUACUGACAAGGUAGCCGGUAGGAAAGAAGUGAUUCUCUUGAGCAUUGCAAGACCUGUGACGGUCGGGCGCAAUUCAGCUCUUUGGGUCGAAGCGGGCACUGGAGGGGUUAUUGUUUCGUGUCAGGACGUCUCAGCAAACGGUGUUAUCCUCAAUGGCCACAGGAUUCGACGGACCUCAGUCAUCCUCAUGGACGGCGAUCUCCUCGAAAUCAUUCCUUCAAAAAGCAAUUAUCCUUUUACAUUCCGAUGCGUCCACCUGAUACACGCGCCACUACAAAAACACUCCCCCUUCGACUCGACCCCAACGUCCGAGAUUUCCUCUGUGGCGAUCGGUCGGUUUCAAGUAACAUCCCAUACCCUCGGAUGCGGCUCGUUCGCCACCGUCCACCUCGCUAUCGAUACUCGAGCGCACCGACAGGUCGCAUGCAAAGUUCUGACGCUGAGAAACAUUCGAAAUAAGCACGAUAUGGAACAGAUCAAGAAGGAGAUCGACAUACUCGCAGCAUUGGACCAUCCGAAUAUAAAUCACGUAUUCGAAGUGAAGAAACGCGGCUCGUUCUUAUACAUCUUCCUCGAGAUAUGUACAGGAUCUGACCUGUUCGCUUUCAUCACCUAUAACUCGGACACAUAUAAAGGCUUGUGCGAAGCGGAAGCGAAGUAUAUUAUGUAUCAGCUCCUGAGGGGCCUCAAAUAUAUGCACGACAGACAUGUUUCACAUCGAGGACUGACUCUCACGUCCCGUCAGCCCGAGAACAUCCUCGUCCGCUUCCCUGGUCGAUACCCCCACAUCCAGAUCGGAGACUUCGGACUCGCGCGUCCACAAGCCUACGAACGAACGCUGAACGUCGUCGGCACGCCUUCUUACCUCCCUCCCGAAGGUAUCCGCGCCAUGGACAAUAAAGAACUGGGCUACGUCGGGAUGCCAGCCGAUUGCUGGAGUAUCGGGGUUAUUCUCUAUUUCAUGCUCUCGUCAGUUUCCUUCAUCCCGUCUAUCCUACCGUUUAUAUUUCUGUGUUGGUGA